AUGGAAUCAACUACGGUCUCUGACCUAGAGAACCAACAAUUCCUGGGGUCUUCGUCCGAUACCCCUCCUACCAUCUCGAAGUCCGUCCUUUGUCGACUCUACGUCUCUCAUUUUCUAUCGACAUGGAACUCACGCCUGUUUGAAUUCGGUGCGGUGUUAUUCCUAGCCUCCAUUUUCCGGGACACUUUGCUGUAUGCAUCGGUCUACGCGCUGGUACGGUCCCUGUCGUCCGUGUUGUUCUCGUCAUCGCUGGGCUCUGUGGUGGAUCGGUCUAAUCGGUUGAAGGCGAUUCGCAUGUCCAUCGUCUGGCAACGACUUCCCGUGGUAGCAUCCUGUGCCUGCUUCUUGGUUCUUCUGCAGCCGUCAAGCUCGUCUUACCUCUCUCCGCUUGUUUUUAUUGCUGCGGUUCUGUUUGCCUGUGUAGAGAAGCUCGCUGCGUCGGCGAACUCGGUCGCCGUGGAACGCGAUUGGGCGAUUGUUAUCUCGAAUGCUUUACAUAUCUCUAAACAAGAUCUGAAUGCGACCAUGAGACGCAUCGAUCUCUUCUGUAAACUCUUGGCUCCUCUGGCGGUCUCAUUGAUCGAUGGGUUUUCAACGAGGCUCGCCAUCUGGAUAGUUCUAGUAUGGAACUUCACCACGGUGUGGGUGGAAUACAUUGCUAUUGCGCAGGUCUACAAAUCCGUCCCGAACCUGGAACGACUACCAGACACGAUAGAAUCUACCACACAAUCCCUCUCAGACCCAUGGCGCGCCUACUUUGCAAGUCCCAUGGUUCUCCCCUCCUUUGCUCUCAGUCUACUAUACCUGACCGUUCUCUCUUUCGGUCCCACCAUGACCACCUACCUCCUGCAUAGCACCUCGUUCACCUCGAUCCAGGUCAGCACCAUGCGGAUUGGCGCCAUCCUCGUCGAGAUAGCAGGGACGUGGGUGGCGCCGGUCCUGAUGCGAAGAAUCGGACCCAUUCGAUCGGGUCUGUGGUUCUUGAACUGGCAGUUUGCCUGCCUGGCUGCCCCGGUGGCGAGUUUUGCUAUGUUCAGGGACGUUGUACAGCAGGGUCGGGCCGCUACGUGCUUAGUGGUAGGAGUCGCAUUGAGUCGGUUGGGUCUUUGGGGAUUUGAUUUAUCGAUACAGUUGCUUAUUCAGGAGGGCAUCGACCCACAAUCGCGCGCGAAAUUCUCCUCCACGGAAAUCGCACUGCAAAGUAUCUGGGAACUGGUCUCCUUUGCAAUGACCAUCGUGUUUCCGCACCCUGAGCAGUUCAAGUUCCCGGUUUAUAUCAGUUACGGGGCCAUCACGAUGGCUGCUAUUUGCUUUGCAACAGCUCGGGGAUUAGGCCGAUCAGGUCCCCGUCGACGCACUGGCUGUCUAACCUGUCGAGCACGUAAGGUACGCUGCGACGAAACUAAACCCGUCUGUGCCAAUUGCAUUCGUCUGCAUCUACAAUGUAUCUACAAAACGAUUGUUCCAGGCCUCGUGGCAUCUCGACGCAAUGGUCGUUCCCAGAGACCGGAUCCUACAGCCACCUCUGUCUCUGUCUCUCCAACUCCGGAGCGACCAGAUGUGAACUUCUUCGAUACCGUUCUGCGUCCUGAGGAGCGUCGUCAGCAGCAGAGUCCCUUGCGCCUUAUGUGUGAAAUGGAUGUCCAGGGGGGUGUUGACAUACUCGGAUUCAACGGAGAGACGACCUCCGAUUUGGAGCAGAGACAUCUGGAUUUGACCAGCAGGUAUUCUGAUUUCCAGCUUCCCAGUACCGUGGCUUCUCCCAGCGCUCUGUCCUGGACGCAGUCAGUUGAGGAGGCCCCCGUCGCGAGAGAUGGUAGUCUGGAUGGAGUGGAAGCCAACCUCCCCGGUAGUAGUCCGUGGUCAGAACCAAAAGCGACAGACGAGGAGCAACAGCAGCAACAGCUGUUGAUGCGUUUCCUGGAGUCCGAAGCACCUCCAACUAUUUUCGGGUCGGUGAACCUGGAAUGGAAAUACGUGCGCAAUGCAAUAGUCAAUCAGUCUCGGGAUUUCAGACCCUUAUUGAACAGCAUCUACUGUUACGCUGAUAUCCACAUGCCCACGCGAGAAGACAAACAGUGGAAAACAGCACCGACAUAUCACCAGCAGGCGAGCUCAGAAAUACGUUCGCAUCUCCUGGGAGAUAUGAGCCAUUGCACGUUGAAGCGCAUAUUUGCGACUCUGAUAUCUGUGCCUGAACUGUGUCCUCCGGGAGCCUCUUUCCUCCAUUCUGCGUACCGGUUACUGCAGCGAUUCCAUCGUAAGACCCAGAAAUGGACAGGGUUCGGCCAUUUAAUCGUUUCAUGGGUAUCUCUACUUGAUAUUAAAGCUCUGAUCGCGGGUCGUGAAGGCGAUCCGCUCAUCGAGCUGGGCAUUCUUUCCAACUCCACACGCGAGCAUAUCCCGGGCUCUGACUCCACCACCAACAACAACAACAACAACAACGAGGACGAGGAAGACGAGGACACCCUAGCCCAACCCACCUAUCUAAUCCAAACCGCCAUCCUCAACCCAUCCUUCCAUUUCUUCUUUCAAACCCAACAAAUCAUCCGACGAAUUGUUCAUAUCGAUCUGCACCACCGCAGCCGCGGCACCGUCAGCGACGAAUUCGAAGUCCUCCAGAUUGCCCACCAGGUCGACGCGGACCUCGAAUCCCUCUGGAACGGCCGUCCUCGAGUCCUGGAUCUUCAUCGCACUCCCGAGGCUCUCUUCGAUACCCUUCAACCCCGGGUCGCUGUUGAAGUGUGUCGCUGCUUUCGGCAGUAUAUUGCUAAUUUCCUAGCUGUUUUUAUUUAUCUUCAUCGUGUGGCAUUUGCUAUUUAUCCUCGGACAGAUCGGGUGCGAAGUGCUGUGGAUGGGAUUGUUCAGUUGGCUAGGGUUGAGGCUGAAUCUGAAUCAUUAUCUUUAGCGUCCGGUGUGUCUGGUGUGUCUUCUCGGGCUCUUCCCAUCGGUUUCGUCUGGCCGCUGUUUGUCGCGGGACUGGAGGGUUCAUACGAUCAGCGUGUCUGGAUUAUUCAGACUAUGCAGCGUAUGGCGAUGUCGGAUCAGCAGAAUCAGAAUCGCAAUAAAGGCCAUGAUUCUCAUCCGUCUCGUUCUCGUUCUCAUUCUUCGAAUGUUCAUGAUAUCUCGGCGCAGCGCCAUCCCAAUGUCGAAAAGGCGCUGUUCCUGCUGGAAGAGAUGAUGAGACGACAGGAUGUAUCGCGGACGUGGGCGGAUUCACGAUGUGUACGACGUGAAGUAUUCGCGGAUUUCUUUGUUAUGAUAUAG